AUGCGUUCCAGCAAUGUAGCCCUUCAUGUGCAAAGACACGCCUUGCUGCUCUCACUGCUUGCGGCCAUCGCAGGUUCGACCAACAUCAGACGCCAGAACAGCGAAACUCUCUGUGAACAUGCAGAAGAAGAGCCGCUGCUAUCCUGCUCCAAGGUAGCUGCCAGGCAGCGCCAUGAAGCAUGGAACAUGAAGUUGGAGGAAGCGUGGCAAAACCUCUGCAGAGACGACAGAAAUUUGCCAUUGAUGGAAGUCUACUUAGAUCGACGCUUCCGAUCUAAUUACAAGAGUGUCUAUAACACAGAUGGCUGGGCAGAUGCUGCAUGGGUUAACUAUGUGGCAGUGCCUGCAGAUGGGAAAGGCAUCUUCGGACAGCUGACAGAAAGGUUGGUCGACUCCGUGCAUCGUUUUUCCCAACAUCCAGUCAUCGUCGUCAACUUCGGGACGAAGGCGCCAGAAGACCUGGAUCCCAAGCGAUUUCCCCAUCUGGUGCUGCUACAUGCACGAAGCCUCAGGCCAACAAGUCCCAUAUCGUUCAAUUUCAACAAGCUUCGAGCAGUCCUGCUGGCACAGGUCAAAGUCGGAGCUUCCCUGGACUCCGACAUGCUCAUGGUCACAGCCCAGGCGGAUCAUCUUCUAAAUCGUACCGCCGAGGAAAUCACCGAGAAGUAUCCAUACCCCAUGAUGCCAACGCAUUUUCUUGACCGCGAUGUCCGUGACAGAGAAGCCUCUAGGAGGUUGCACAAGGGCAAUUUCCUGGGCUUUUCCUGCAAAGACUGUCCAACUCCUACCAUGCGAUGGGGACAGGCCCAGCCGACCUGGACUUACUGGUCGCUGCCUUUCCUAAGUCGCUGGCUUUCUGCAAAGAUCGCAGGACGUAAGGAGCAGGGUGUGCCAACAGCGGACAUCAAGGAAGACGAGGAUCUGCUCAAUGUGGCUCUGUGGCAAGAGGGUGCUACAAAGGCGUGGUGUGCGUUUCAGACAGGCGGCAUCAACUUCCUGUGGGAGAACCUUGAUGCCCAGCAUCCUCCUGGACCGUACCCAUACUACGACGACACGAGAUACUUCCCGAAAGGCGUGCCCGUGGCCUUCUUCUUCGGUCAUGCGGAGAAGGAUCCAGCUCACAUUGACAAGGCCUUGACAUACUUGGCCGAUCCCGAUCGAGUCGCAAAGCCAGCUCCGAACCCGUUCUUUCAUGACAUGAAGUUCUUUUCCGAUUUCGAACAGAUUCGCAAGGACUAUCCUGACUUGAAAUGCACUUUGUAG